UUGUUGGUCUCUGGAGUGAGGGCGCACAGCACAGCACCGCAUCGCACCGGGCGAGCCAGCCAGCACCAACCAAUCGACUGACCAAGACGUACCACGGCCGGCUUCACGUGCUCUUUUGUCACGCCGGUACGCAACCACCGCACACAAAGAAGUUUUUUUUUUUUUUAAAUAAACAGAAUCUGGUUUUAAAUGAAUCAUUCAGCACUUUUGCUGUGGACUCUGUUGCUAUACGCAGGUGCAUUUACGUACGGACAAACCGGUGGAGAUGAGUCUGCGGCCGAGGGCGUCCCCUUGGAUGUCAAGUACAACAUGAGGAAGAGUUUGGAUCUGGACCAGGAAGGCUGCUACCUGCAGGUCGGAAACAAGGGGUGUCUACAGCAGUGCAACUUCAACGCCACAGCCAAGACCAUCUUAAUCAUCCACGGCUGGACGAUGAGUGGCAUGUUUGAGAGCUGGAUGCAGAAGCUGGUGGCUGCCGUCAUGCGGCGCGAGACAGAGGCCAAUGUGGUUGUGGUUGAUUGGAUUUCCAUGGCCCAUCAGCUGUACCCGGUUGCAGUAAACUACACGCAUGUCGUUGGCCGGGACAUCGCCACCAUGCUUGACUGGCUUCAGGAUGAGCUGAGUUUGCCUCUGGAGAAGGUGCACCUGAUUGGGUACAGCUUAGGGGCUCACGUAGCAGGCUACGCGGGAACACAUGUGCGAGGGUCCCUCGGGAGAAUCACUGGUUUGGACCCAGCGGGGCCGAUGUUUGAGCGUGUGGAGGAGGAGAAGCGCCUCUCUCCGGACGACGCAGAUUUUGUGGACGUCCUCCACACGUACACUCGGGAAGCCUUGGGGGUGAGCAUCGGAAUCCAACAGCCGAUCGGGGACGUGGACAUCUAUCCCAACGGAGGCGAUGUACAACCCGGGUGUUCACUGGGCGACGUGCUGGCUGUGGCUGGAAACUUCAUGGAAGUGGUGCAAUGUGAACACGAGCGAGCCGUGCACCUUUUUGUUGACUCUCUGCUGAACCGAGACCAUGUGAGCUUCGCGUACCAGUGCACCGACUCGGUCCGCUUCAAGAAGGGCAUCUGCCUGAGCUGCCGCAAGAACCGCUGCAACAACAUCGGCUACGAGGCUCGCAAGAUGCGCAAGAGACGCAACAGCAAAAUGUACCUGAAGACACGUGCAGACACUCCCUUUGGAGGUUACCACUACCAGAUGAAGAUGCACGUGUUCAACAGGAAGCAGGCGGACAGCGCAGACCCAACCUUCUACAUCAAGUUGAUUGGAGCGCAUAAUGACACAAAAGACAUCUUUGUUGACUUUCACGACAACUCAAUCGGCCUGAACCUGACAAACACCUUCUUGGUGUUCACCGAGCAGGACAUCGGCGACCUGCUGAAGAUACACCUGAGUUGGGAAGGUGAGGGCGACUCUUUGCACUCCCUGUGGAAGAAAAUCAGGAAGACCAUGUGGGCCUGGAAUACCAAGCUUCCCAAACCUGUGCUAGAAAUCCGACGGAUUCGCAUGAAAGCUGGUGAAACGCAGAAGAAGUUUACCUUCUGUGCCCAAGACCCGUCGAAAACAGAAAUUUCUCCCGGUGAAUCAUUAACGUUUGUCAAGUGUCGUGAUGGCUGGGAAGUGAAACCAAGAAAACGGCUGACCAUGUAAAGCCCUGACACUUCUGACAACUUGAUGCACGGGGACCCAACAUGGCUAAAGCGAGAAGCACUGUCUUCGCUUUAUCUCAGCACUUUUUCAAAGGAGAAGAAUGGAUCAGCGCACAGGAGGGGUUUGAGGUGUUGGACAUUUUACAGUGCACCUGAAUGGUUGGUUCCUGGAAAUUUGGAGGAGUCGCUCCAGCCUUGAGGCCAGCGUGGGACUGAGGUCAAAGCGGUCUUUAAAAGAUCACACGCGUUACGGAAUGUUCCUUUGAGUGAGGUAGAAUAUCUGUCAGCGGACAUGCACCAGCUAUUGUAGUCUCUGUACUGUACAUUUUUAAAUGCCUUUUUUUUUUAAUUUAUGGAAAACAAAAUUGAAGCACUGCAAGACCAAUGUUAUUUAUCAUAGCACAUCCCAUAACGGUAUUGAAUGGCUUCCUAGAUGCAGUAAUUGUAUGUGUGAGGUAAUUGACCAACAAGUGUGCCUUUCUGCUGCUGAGAUUAUUGAUACACUGUAUAUUUGGAAGAGAUCCUAAUCUCAUUGCACAUGGCUGUUUUGUGCAGUGUUACUGUAUGGUCUGUGGGGUGUGCAUAUGUACAUAAUGUAAAUAGUCUUUUUGGAAAUAAAAUGAAUUCAGCGGUU